GGCUAUCUGCUACGCUCUUCGACAACACCCCGAGUAAAAAAAAGUUUUGCGGUUGUUUACGUGACUUAGUUCCUGUAACUCCGACUUCCCUGAAGUUAUAGGAUAUCGGCUAUGCAAGGCAAUUGUUAGCCUACUAUCUAGGCAGUUUUUUGGUUACAAGGCAGCAUGCAUUUUGCUAUUUGAUUUGUCUUUCGGUAGUUAUGAACUACAUUUUGUCGUUCACCGGGAGCAGCGCCCGAGCUGUCAGAGACGCUGUCUCGAGCAGAAUCUGGCCCACUUCUUCCAACCAGGAGGUCGUUCAAGAUUCACCCUCGGAUCAAAUUAAUACGUCCGCACGUGGUGAUAUCAGCUACACCUACUUAAAAACAGAUACCGGCCAGAAGAAGACCCCAGAGAGGAAGGAUGGGAGGCGCAUGUCCUUCCAGAGACCCAAGGGGACCAUCGAAUACACUGUGGAGUCGCGGGACACGUUGAACAGCAUUUCGCUCAAGUUUGACACAACACCCAACGAGCUGGUUCAGCUGAAUAAGCUGUUCUCCAGAGCAGUGGUCCCUGGUCAGGUUCUGUACGUUCCUGAUCCUGAGUACAUAUCCAGUGUGGGAAGCUCCCCCUCCCUCAGUCCCGUCAGCCCUCUGUCUCCCACCUCCUCAGAAGCUGACUUAGAGAAGGUGACGGACUCCGAUGGCCCCUCCAGGCCCGAGGCUCACCCUCCACUCUCCUCCGCCCUGCGCCACUCCCGCGUGGUCUCGUCCACCUCCGAGGAGGAAGAGGCCCUCACGGAGAAGUUCCUGAAGAUCAACUGCAAGUACAUCACAGACGGCAAGGGUGCAGUGAGCGGCGUGCUCCUGGUGACGCCCAACAACAUCAUGUUCGACCCCCACAGGAUGGACCCCCUGGUGCAGGCCCACGGCUGCGAGGACUACGGCAUCAUGUGCCCCCUGGACGAGGUCAUGUCCGCCGCCAUCUACAAGGAGGUCACCGACCGCAAGGUCCGAGAGGCCGUACCCCUGAACCUGGAGCCACUCACAUCCACCUCAGGUCCUCCUCAGGCAGAGCCACGUCCGGGGGAACCAGGAAAUACCAGCGGCAGCACCGCCCACCGCAGCAUCGAGGGCUCCCUGUCAGAGGACGUGUUCACCGAGUCGGACCUGUCCCCCAUCCGGGAGGAGCAGGCCUCCUCGGAGGACCUGCGCCUGGACAAGUCCUCCGGAGCCUCCACAGAGUCCGUCCAGACCGUCACCCAGCUGGAGGCGUCGUGCUCCAGCCCAGGCCAGGGGCCGUCUGGCUCCAGCACACCCCAGGCCCCGGGUAGCGCGCGUGGGUCAGUCAGCCAGCCUGAGGGCCCUGCCAGCGCUACCGCAGCGGACAAUCCAGACAGCCACACUGCCACGCCCAGCCAGGCCCCUCAGGGCCCCCAGCAGAACAGUGUAGAGAAGCCACUCAGCACAGCCACCAGCAGCACCAGUCAGGGGCCUGCCAGGCCCUCUCGCCCCACCUCCCAAAGCUCCACUGCGGGCACCCAGGAGCCCACGCAAGGCCCGGUCGGGGAGGGCCCCCGGAGGGCCUCGCAGGCGGAUGAGGAGGAGCGGGGGAAGAGUCCCACUAUGCAACAAGGCCUGGAGCAGGGAGGGGACAUACAGCAGGGUCAGAAGGAGGAGGCGGAGGAGGACCAGCAGGGCUUAGCUGAAGUAUCUGUAGGGAGGCGGAGGCACCGGACCCACAAGUUCCUAUGUCUGCGAGUUGGCAAACCCAUGAAGAAGACGUUCCUGUCCAACGCCAGUGCCUCCAUGCAACAGUAUGCACAGAGGGACAAAAAGCAUGAGUACUGGUUUGCAGUGCCACAGGAAAGGUCAGACCACCUGUAUGUGUUCUUCAUCCAGUGGAGUCCAGACAUGUAUGGGGAGGGUAUGGGAGGAGCAGGGGGGGAGCCAGGCUUCAUGGUCGUGAAGAAGAACGAAGACUGUGAGACAAGAGAAGAAGAAUCCAUCACCGACUUCAAUGUUAAAGAGUGGGAGGUAGUGUCUCUGACUGAGUACCACCGCCGGAUCGAUGCGCUAAACAGCGAAGAUCUGCGCUCUCUCUGCAAGCGGCUCCAGAUAACCACCAAGGAGGAGGUGAACUCCAAGCAUGGCACGUCCAUCAAGACCGAGCUGGAGCCAGAGACCUUCAGACCCAACCUCAGUGAACCCAGUGACCUCCUGGAGGCCGACCAGAUAGAGAAGCUCGCCAAGAACCUCCCUCCCCGUACCGUGGGGUACGCGUGGACGCUGGCGUUCGGCACGUCGAAGCACGGCAUGAGCAUCAAGAGCCUGUACCGGGCCAUGCAGGGGCAGGACACCCCCGUGCUCAUGGUCAUCAAGGACAGCGACGGGCAGGUGUUCGGAGCGCUGGCCUCGGAGCCGUUCAAGGUCAGCGAGGGGUUCUACGGAACCGGGGAGACCUUCCUGUUCUCCUUCUCUCCGGAAUUUGAGGUGUACAAGUGGACAGGAGACAACAUGUUCUUCAUGAAAGGAGACAUGGACUCCCUAGCAUUCGGUGGUGGAAGCGGAGAGUUUGGUCUGUGGCUGGAUGGAGAUCUCUACCACGGCAGGAGCCACUCCUGUAAGACCUUCGGCAACCCCAUGCUCUCCAAGAAGGAGGAUUUCUAUGUGCAGGACAUAGAGAUCUGGUCGUUCGAAUAAGUGACCGGGCCUCUCUGCAGGGAAUACAUGUGUAAAGAAGUUUUAAAAAAGGAGACAUCCUGAACAAUGGCCGCGUCCCAAACCGAACUGCACAUCACAUCUGGGCUCCCCGGGCCGGCGGCCCGCCUGUCCGCCAACGGGCGCUUUGUCGUGCGUUGCUACUGCAGUUAUUUACAGAGCUUUUACUUUGUGAAACUUACCUUUGUGUGUAUCUUGUUAACAGCCUUGAGUCUUUGCAGAAUAGGGGGAUGUGAAGUCAGGGUUGGAGGCUGAGGAGAUGUGUGGGUUAGGAGGAGGAAGUAAGACGGGGAAAUGGAGAGAGGGAUCUAUUAGGUCUUCGAGGCAUCGGAUCGGCCCCACCUCGCCCAGGACAGAAGGUGGCCACUCAGGUUUGGGACUGCAGAGACAGAACCGGCCUGGUCCAGGUCUACAGAACUUUAAGACGCUCCAGGAAAUCCCCUGUCUACCCCAGAACUGUGUUGAGUCAGUCACUAGGACGUCUGUGGUGUCUGUGGUGUCGCGCUCUGUAACAAGGAGACCCAGUCAACAAAAAAAGAGAAUAACAUGAAAAUAAAAACAUUUAAAAAAAGAGAAAAAAA